AAAAGGCUUUGUAACCACAUGUGCCUUUCGUGGAAAUUGAGAGGUUCUCGCUGGAAAGAUAGCAAAGCACGACGCGGGCAAGGAACUCAGAGAUAGAGACGUAAAUGGUGUGUUUGUGAGCGAGAGGAACUCCCUAAAAACUCACUCGCAGUUGUUUUCAUGGUGUCCUCAUCAUCAUCUCAUCUAUUGUAUUUAUAAAAGGUGCAGUGCCUCCUCCUAAUUAAAGGAAUGCAGUUCUCUUAUAGCUGAGCCAUGGCGUCGUCUCCCCUCAACGCCUGCUACCUUCUUCUUCUUGUUCUCAUCUCGUUUGAUUAUCACAUCAUCGCACUCUCUGUUCCUCUUCGUCAAAAGCCUGACCCUGCCGACGCGGCUGCUACUGCUCGCUGGCUUGCCUCUGAAAACUCAUGGGGUGUCUUGAGUACCAUCUCAUCUGACAAAGGAGGUGCACCAUUUGGAAAUGUAGAUUCGUUUAGUGAUGGAUGGCCUGGUGAUGGUCGUGGUAUUCCUUAUUUCUAUUUGACAACUCUUGAUCCCACUGCAAGAAAUGCACUGAAGGAUGCAAGGGCUUCACUUACUCUUAGCGAGUUUCCACUUGGAUCUUGUGGGAAGAUAGAUCCUGAGAACCCUGUAUGCUCAAAGCUUACACUCACUGGAAAGCUGACGCUGGUUGAUGGGAACUCGAAAGAAGCAAACUUUGCGAAGCAGGCACUAUUCUCAAAGCAUGCUGAGAUGAAAGAGUGGCCCAAAAACCACAACUUUCAGGUAUUCAAGCUGGAAAUUGAAGAUAUAUUCCUGAUCGACUGGUUCGGAGGCCCUAAACCCCUCUCUUUGGAUGAAUACUUGCACCCUAGAAUUGCAGUCGCGUGGAAAGAGUUUAAUGAGGAGGAUCCACUAUGCGGUAGGGUCCUGAUUGUUAACCACCUUUUUCUGGGCGCACAAAACACACCCAUUCACAUGGAUGAGAACCUUUUUUUGUGUCCAAAGCACAAGAUGCAGCCAGUAGUUUGUUCGAGCUUGAAAAGCCGAAAUAGUCCAGCAUCUUAGAUUAGGCUGUAGCCGCGUUUUGAUCUUUUGUGUUUUUGGCUAUUGGCCACUCUUUAUGAGCAUAGGAUCUUUUUCUGUUCUAAUCGAAAUGAUAGGUGAGUUGAUCUGGGCUAAUUCAACUCAAAAGUGUCGUUUACAUUUGCAUUUACGUAUUCCAUUUAUAUGUCAUAACAAUCACAAACAAUCACCUAAAACAUAAAAUAAACUAAUAGUCCAAAAACCAUAACUUCACUUUUGAGUUGAACUUACUUCGUGAUUCAGAGUUUAAUUCAUAAAAAAUUUCUUUUACACUAAUGCAAGGUUUUGUUGUAACAUGGCAAAAAAAUUAAAAACUAUUAGGUAAUUAUUAAUUCAAAAUGUAGAACUCUUAUUUCAUAGCUAUUGAAGAGGGCCUUAACAUAUUCAACUAAAAUCGUAUGACCACACUACUUGUAUGCUAAACAGAAAAUAAACAUUUUUUUUGUUCAAAAAAUAAAAUAAUUGGGGCAUCAAGGGAUGCACUUCUACAAUUGCGUCCCCUCAUGCACUUAACAUCCAUCUUGUAGAUGAUGUUGUAAACAAAAUGGCCCUACCCUGGCAGU